CCAAAUGUGCAUGAAUGAAAUUUCAGUUCUUGUCAAAAGCUCGAAACGAACGGUUGUGCGCUUCCAAUAGUUAACGCUCGCGUCAACUCAUAAAAGUAUUACUUUCAUCUUUGCUUUUUCCUUUUGGCCAACUUGUGACUUCAGUUCUCAUUGUGUCUAAUGACAAUGCAUGGGUGAAGCUGGUCACAUGCUUCUUUGCACUCCCAUUUGCAAAACAUCUGCACACAGCCUCUAAGCACACGAAUUUCCACGAACAAUAGACUAUUCAAAAACCAUGUGACGAAGCGUUCUUUCGCGCGCGCAAUUUUCUCAAGUGUUGUUGUGAAAAAAAAUACUAAAUUGAAAGAACUUAAAUACAUAUUUUUUUCUCAUACAUCUUAGCAUAGACUUUGAGUGGACUAAUCUUUUGCAAGGAGUACCAUCGAAAUAUUAACAGAGGAAUAUUACUGGAAGAUCAGAUUGUCCUAAAAUUAGACGCCACGACUUUCCCGCAACAAAACUGGGAUAACAGCUGUUGGUGCUGUCUAAAUUCCACAUUUGCACCGCUAACUCGUGAACCGUUUGUAAUCCGACGCGGGAGAGACAAGAGAAGGCACCCGAGAUGUUCAAUCACAAUUGGCUAACGUGGCCAAUUCUAAUUUGGCUGCUGACCUGCUGCUAUUUGCUGGCCUUCACUGAUGGUCAGAGCGAGAAUGCCAUAGGAGCUCACCGCGUGUUUGACAAAACGUCAUUUUCUUGCGCUGGACGCCCUUCAGGUUACUAUGCAGACGUUGAGACUGGAUGCCAGGUGUACCAUAUGUGCGAUGGGUUGGGACGCCAAUUUAGCUAUUCGUGCCCCAAUACGACGCUUUUCCAGCAGCGCAUGCUAAUCUGCGACCAUUGGUAUAUGGUGAAUUGCUCGCGUGCAGAGAGCGACUACGCAGCUAAUUUGCUAAUUGGUCAACGAGACAAGCCGUUUGUGAACGAUGAGGAAAAUAGUUUGCGAACACCCCGCCCUGACCUCUUGGAUCGUCCUUAUGCACCAGACUACUCUGGAGAAUCAUUCAGAAAUCAAUAUGAGCAAUUUCCGGCGAUCCAGAAUCAAAUUCACGAUAGCAAUACUCAUAAGGUUCAGGACAAAUUCAAUGUCGUAACUCAAACGACACCGGGUCAGCAGCACUGGAAAAUACCAUCACCGAGUCGCACUAUACUUCCACCUGCCUACGAAGCACAGAUUUCGGACGUCGGCACUUCGCCAACAAGUGGCGGAAACGUACGUUUCGUGCCCAAAACAACGCAGCCAACACCACCAAACAAAGUAAAGACAACGUUCAAUCAACCAAAAUCUAGUUCAGACUCAGCAACCACUACAGCAGCGCACGGUCAGUCCAUCAAUCGCUUCAACAGUGCUGCACUACACCAGCGAGGUCAAUUGGGAGAACACGAGGACUUGGGUACGAGUCACAGUACUCGUUACAAUACAUCUUCUGAUUUCAACUCUGCUGAGUUGUCGAAUAGUAAAUCGGCGAGUGUUCUAAGUAAGAAUAACUUUAAAAGUACAAUUGCUUCGACAACUCUUACAGUUCCGACCACCCCAGCCACCACGUUUACAUCUACCACAACGAGAUCACCAACGAGUACCACCAAUAGUGUAGUUACGACAAAUUUGCCUUAUAAAUUACCAUCUAAGGUAUACGAGCCGCCAUUCCUUUAUCCAAUUUAUAAUGAGAAUGAUACAGUUAGCACACAAGCGUCACUUCGCACAUCGCCUGCUACACCAUUUACAACUUCGACUGCUUUUAACAAGUAUACAUCCACAACUCCUAUACCACCGCCAAAUCGGCCAACAACUCUAGCGGGCAAACCUUUCACUGCAUCGAACGGCGGUAUCACUACGAAAGCACCCAGUUUCGGUGGACGUAAUCAGAAUAAUUUGAUUCAAACUAGUUUCAGUCAAAGUUCGAAAGAUGUACGCACCCCCACGCCAGCGCAAGGUUUUAAGCCGCCUACACCACGUCCACCUGUGAGCACAACAACAAGCGUCACAAAAGGCUUAGAGAGCUCCCCCUUUGACUAUAGUAUUCCUACUACAAAUCGUCUGCAUUUGCCUACACCUUUCAUAAAUGCGUCGGACACAGCCGGAGCCAAUAACAUCAAACCGCCAGCUAAAGAACUUUUGCCUCCUCACCAAGAGUUUGCGCAACACGACAUUGCAACCACACAGGGACCGCCUAUAUACUAUGAAUGGAAAGUACCGUCAAAUGGUCUUGAACCACCCAAAUUGGAUCCACCAAUCGGUGUGGAUGGACGCGAAUACCCAGAAGCUGUAUUGGAUUACAAUACCAUCAGUGGUGGAAACGAUAACGUGAAUACAGCAGAGCAAAUCACGAAAAUCAAUGGGUUAGCACCAACAAAAGCGCCGGGUGAAAAAAUCCCAAACGCCCGCACCCCCAUCUCACGUUCUAUCAAAGAAACGGGACAGCCAAAUAGUGUACAUCGUAUAAAUGCCGAAAAGCCGAAGCAAACAACCACGACGGUCGUGGCGACAGAUCGCUCCGACACGAUAACCAUCCCAGCUUCGGAUAUCACACAGCUGCGCAAAGACUACUCCGUACCUGAGUAUCUAUUUCCAUUGGAACCGAUUGGUCGCACUGGUUAUUUGUCCACAGACUCGUACAACUCAUUCCGGCUAAAGAUACCAGAACAUGAUGACGAUGUGCCUGAAGACCAUAGACAUUGGUUCGGCGAGAAUCCCAAAUGUCCAGAGUGUCACCCGUCCUUUGUAGUGCCUGGUACUUGCGAACCCUGCAUAAGAAGAUAGAGAGGUGAAACUGCUAAGGCCUCAGAUCCCACAAGCAUUUAGUAUUCACACGAAUUCAAAGUUUAGCACAAUAACAAAUGACGAAUAUCUUCUUUAGUUUCAUUGCUUUGCUCACUUAUUGUACUUUUACAAAUGCAUGCACAGCGCCUAAUUUGUAGCUAAAUUAGAUAUAGAGCGAAGCCAAGAGUAAACAUUAUAAGCAAGUAAUCAUAUGUAUAACAGUAAUUUAUGGUUAUCAAAGUAAAUGUCUGCCAAAAAACAUUGGAUGUACACCGUUACAUACACGCAUGCGGACGGAUGCGCAAU